CCCCCACCCACCCCAAGAAACUCUAAGGCUAAAAGUGCUCACUACAGGCUUCUCACUGUGUGUGUGCAUCUCCGCUCAGCUGCUGUUUCUCGCUGAGGCAAGGUUUCAGAAGACACCACCAAGAUGCCAUCUCAAAUGGAACACGCCAUGGAAACCAUGAUGUUUACAUUUCAUAAGUUUGCUGGAGACAAAGGCUACUUAGAAAAAGAAGAUCUAAGAGUUCUCAUGGAAAAAGAGUUCCCUGGAUUCUUGGAAAACCAGAAAGACCCUUUAGCUGUGGACAAGAUUAUGAAAGAUUUGGACCAGUGCCGAGAUGGAAAAGUGAACUUCCAGAGUUUCUUCUCAUUAAUCGCUGGGCUGACCAUUGCGUGUAAUGACUAUUUUGUCGUACACAUGAAGCAGAAGGGCAAAAAAUGAACCCAAGCCAAGAAACUCCUCCCAAUCCUGACCCAUUGCAAUAUCCCAAAUGGUCAUGUUCAAGAUAUCCCCGUAUGGCUGCCCCAAGGAUGAGGGAGUUGCAUGAGCAGACCCAGGCCCUUAGAAGCCCUUAGAAUGUUCAAAUGAACUCCAGGCUUACAAUUUGACAGCUAGGGAAAGAAAAUACAAAUAUAUGCGAGAGAAGCUUUUGAUUUUUUUUUAUAUUAUAUGCGCCCUCUUCCCCACAAUA